UGAGCCUCCACAGCACCACGCGUUCACAGCGCUAGGCCUCACGCUCGCAUCACUGGCUUGUCUUAAGAACUGCUAUUCACUGCGCAAGUGAUCAGAGCUGCACUCGCAGCGCGCGCGUGCAUUGCGAUCACCGCUGGCAUAAAGUUGCAGCAGCACAGCCUAGAGUUGAUUAAGCACAGCAAUGGCGAAAAAGAAGGCAGCGGCGCAAAAAGCCGCGACGCCGGUCACGGUCGACGACUGGGGCGCCACCGCGGCUGCGCCGGCCAAGAAGAAAAAAGGUGGCGGCGGCCUCAUGAAAAUGGGCGGCGUUGUGGUGGCCGCCGUCGCGGUGAUCAUGGCGCUGGGCGGCGGCGGCGCCAAUCCCCUCGUCGACUUAGAUGUAAACGACGAAGCUGCGUUAAGGAAAGUCUUCUUCGGCGGCGAGGUCUGGGCCGUCGCGUGUCAAGAUGGCAGGAAGCCGUUACCUGAUAGUGUCGAGGCCGUGGCGCAUCGCCUGAACAAGGAGAUGAAUUUUGGGGUGGUGGACUGCAAAGCACAGCUGCCCGGUAAGGGCUACACGUUAACGCAGCGCUGGAAGCUCAAGAAGCAGCACGCCGACGAUCCCGUUGUGUUUCUGUCGAACGGGGUCUCAGUCGAACAAAUAGGCGCCCAGUAUUUUAGAUCAGAGUACGACCUCAUCCGAGAACUGCGCUUAUUAGCCUUACGGCGACCGUUUAUGGCCAAGAACACUGAAUUAUUAAGGGAGAAGUGCUGGUCGAAGGCGCGGUGUUUGCUCGUGUUACAAGGAGGCACGCUGGAAGCGCCCGUCGAGAAAGCGCUACAUGCCUUGGCGGGACACCACGCGAGGGGCGGCAAAGGUAGAACAGGUCCCAGCGCCGAAGAUCAAUCACAAGUGGUCUUCGUGUCUAUGGACGCCGCCGAGCAUAGACUACCCUUCGAAGGGUAUGAUUUGGGUGAUGCUAUUAAGCUAAGAAGCUUCGAGGCCGGGAACCACCGGGCGAUCUACUUCCGGAACGUCACUGGUUCAGCUACGUUGAAGGCCUUGGCCCACAAGGGCGCGUUGACGACCGAGGCCCUAGGCAAGUUUCUGGGGACUGUGUCGCUUGACAGUGAUGAAAAACCAUACGCCAAACUAGUAGACAUCAAGAAGGACAUCAACACGCUCGGCAUCUACCGAAGGUCCAAAAAGACGAAGGCCAAAAAAGCGACGAUCACGGGCGGCAAGGACUUCACGGAGGACGCCAAGAAGGCCGCGGAGGAGAAGAAGAAGAAGAAGCCGGAAACCGCGGAAGAGCUCAAGGCCGCGUUCAAGGAGCAGCAGAAGCGCGAGCAGGAGAAGCGCGCGCGCAUGGACGCGGAGAGCGACGACCUGUUCGAGGAGGUCGACGGCGACUUCGAGGAGGUCGUGGAGGAGGAGGAGGACGAGGAGGAGGAGAUGAUCUAGGGGGCCGGGG